AAUUGCAGUGAGAAGAAGCAGAGAAAAUUUGGUGAAUUUAGUGCAAAAAGGCUUGCGAGAGGUGGGAGUGCUGCAUCCGUUGGAUGGUACGAUGGUGUCAUUGAAUCGAUUGAGAACGAUUAAGUCAUCAGAGUAAAAGAUAGUGGCCAGUGUUUCUGCCAAUGCCGCAGCCAGCACUAAACAUAUGUUGCUCAACGUGAUCCAUUUCUAGAGAAAAUGGGAAAGGCACUUUGUAGAUUGAGGACCCGACACAAAGAAAAGUGCCUCUUAGUGGUGUAGUUUUAAGGGAGAAGGCUAACCACCUUUACGGACACUUAAAACAAAGCGAAAUAAGUACCAAUAUAUUUACAUUCAAGGCCAGUAAUGGCUGGUCUGAGAAUGUUUGAAAAAUAUUCAGCCUCCAUAACAUGAAAUUGAUGGGGGAAUCGGCAUCAGCUGACCACGAGAUCACAAAGAACUUCCUGGACAAGAUGAAAAAAUGUAUCGAGAAGGGGUGGUACAAGCCUCUCCUGAAUGCUCCCAGGGGUCACCAACUGACCCUGAUUAGCCUGGAGAGGGCCCUACAAUCCCUCCAACAUCAUCUUCAGCAUUCAUAAAAUCCGAUCGAGCAAACCGCUUCGAGUACCUGCUCAAGCAGACGGAGCUCUUUGCUCACUUCAUCCAGCCGGCAGCGCAGAAGGCGCCCGUGUCGCCGCUCAAGAUUAAGCCGGGACGACCGCGGCAGAAGAUCGAUGAGAAGCAGCACCUGCUGUCCGUCGGAGACUUUCGCCACCGGAGGACAGAGCAGGAAGAGGAUGAGGAGCUUUUGUCAGAGAGCAAGAAGGCGACCAACAUUUGCACUCGCUUUGAAGAGUCACCCACCUAUGUGAAGGGUGGCACCAUGAGGGAUUACCAAGUGCGGGGCCUCAACUGGCUCAUCUCUCUCUAUGAGAAUGGAAUCAAUGGCAUCCUGGCUGACGAGAUGGGCCUGGGCAAAACGCUGCAGACCAUCUCCCUGCUGGGCUACAUGAAGCAUCACCGCAACAUCCAGGGACCACACAUGGUGCUGGUGCCCAAGUCCACGUUGCACAACUGGAUGAUUGAAUUUGAGCGUUGGGUGCCAUCGCUUCGUGCCGUUUGCCUCAUUGGAAGCAAGGACCAGCGGUCGGCUUUCAUCCGGGAUGUCAUGAUGCCGGGAGAGUGGGACGUAUGUGUCACCUCGUACGAGAUUGUCAUUCGCGAGAAGUCCGUCUUCAAGAAGUUCAACUGGCGAUACCUGGUCAUUGACGAGGCGCACCGCAUCAAGAAUGAGAAAUCCAAGCUUUCGGAUAUUGUGCGCGAGUUUAAGUCGACGAACCGACUACUGCUGACGGGUACGCCUCUGCAGAACAACCUGCACGAGCUGUGGUCCCUGCUCAACUUCCUGCUGCCCGACGUCUUCAACUCAUCCGAGGAUUUUGAUUCUUGGUUUGACACGAACAACUGCUUGGGAGACCAGGAAUUGGUGGAACGUCUACAUAUGGUGUUAAGGCCCUUCCUUCUGCGCCGUAUCAAGGCUGAUGUGGAAAAGAGUCUUCAGCCAAAAAAGGAAGUCAAAAUCUACAUUGGCCUCAGCAAAAUGCAGAGAGAGUGGUACACAAGGAUCCUGAUGAAGGACAUCGACAUCCUGAACUCGGCCGGCAAGAUGGACAAGCUACGCCUGCUCAACAUCCUCAUGCAGCUGCGCAAGUGCUGCAACCACCCGUACCUGUUUGACGGCGCUGAGCCUGGGCCGCCCUACACCACGGACACCCACCUGGUCAACAACAGCGGCAAGAUGGUGGUGCUCGACAAGCUGCUGCCCAAGCUGCAGGAGCAGGGUUCCCGCGUGCUGCUCUUCAGUCAGAUGACGCGCAUGCUUGAUAUUUUGGAGGACUACUGCAUGUGGAAAGGCUAUGGGUACUGCCGUCUGGAUGGACAAACUCCUCAUGAAGACAGACAGGAGGCCAUUGCAGCAUACAAUGCUCCCAACAGCUCCAAGUUCAUCUUCAUGCUGUCGACGCGUGCGGGUGGCCUCGGUAUCAACCUGGCCACAGCUGAUGUGGUCAUCCUUUACGACUCAGACUGGAACCCUCAGGUCGACCUGCAGGCCAUGGAUCGUGCUCACCGCAUUGGGCAGACGAAGAGGGUGCGUGUGUUCCGUUUCCUGACGGAGAACACGGUCGAAGAGCGCAUCGUGGAGCGGGCAGAGAUGAAGCUGCGCCUUGACUCUAUCGUCAUACAGCAAGGCCGGCUGAUCGAUCAGCAGGCCAACAAACUGGGCAAGGACGAGAUGCUGCAGAUGAUCCGGCACGGCGCCACGCACGUAUUCGCGUCGCGCGACAGCGAGAUAACCGACGAGGAGAUCGACGUUGUCCUGGAGCGGGGAGAGAAAAGGACGGCCGAGAUGAAUGAGAAACUGAGCAGCCUGGGCGAGAGCUCCCUGCGCAACUUCACUAUGGACUCGGAGAGCAGCGUGUACACGUUCGAGGGCGAGGACUACAGAGAGAAGCAAAAGAUGAGCUUGACGGAGUGGAUUGAACCUCCCAAGCGUGAGCGCAAGGCAAACUAUGCUGUGGACGCCUAUUUCCGCGAGGCUUUGCGAGUCAGCGAGCCCAAGGCACCCAAAGCCCCCCGGCCACCAAAGCAGCCAAGCAUCCAGGACUUCCAAUUUUUCCCUCCUCGCCUCUUUGAGCUCCUGGAGAAAGAAAUCCUGCACUACCGAAAAACCAUCGGCUACAAGGUCCCGCGUAGUACAGACAUCCCCAACGCCGCCCAGGUUCAAAAGGAGGAGCAGCGCAAGAUUGACGAGGCUGACGUACUGAAUGAAGAGGAGGCGGAGGAGAAAGAGAAGCUUCUGACGCAGCAGGGCUUUACAAACUGGACCAAGCGAGACUUCAACCAGUUCAUCAAGGCCAACGAGAAGUGGGGUCGCGAUGACAUUGAGAACAUUUCUCAGGAGGUGGAGGGGAAAACCCCUGAGGAGGUCAUGGAAUACUCAGCUGUGUUCUGGGAGAGGUGUAAUGAGCUGCAAGACAUUGAGCGAAUCAUGGCCCAGAUUGAGCGUGGGGAGGCUCGAAUCCAGCGGCGGGUCAGCAUUAAGAAGGCUCUGGAUGCCAAGAUUGCACGGUACCGGGCGCCCUUCUACCAGCUGCGCAUCUCGUAUGGCACUAACAAGGGCAAGAACUACACGGAGGAGGAGGACCGCUUCCUGGUGUGCAUGGUGCACCGGCUGGGCUUCGAGAAGGAGAGCGUCUACGACGAGUUGCGCCAGUGCAUCCGCAACGCGCCUCAGUUCCGCUUCGACUGGUUCAUCAAGUCCCGCACGGCGAUGGAGCUGCAGCGGCGUUGCAACACACUGAUUACCCUCAUCGAAAGGGAAAACAUGGAACUGGAGGAGAAGGAGAAAGCCGAUAAGAAGAAACGAGGCCCCAAGCCUGGCACGAAAAGGAAGGGAGAAUCACCGGUGGAGGAGAAGGGAGCCAAGAAAGUGAAAACCUAAUCAUUGUCUGAUAGCACUGCCACAUCUUUUCUGGUAUACUCCAACCAUAGUUAGCAAAAAACUGACAUCAUCGUCUAAUUGUCUCCAAAAAAAUACAGCUGUCAAUUAAGAACAUUCACCAGAGAGAGAGAGCAUCAACGUGUACACUGCAUGUGUUUCCCUCUGUUUAUUGUUUAAAUCUCCAUAUAUUUUUACUAGCUUAAAAAAAAUUCUAUGAAAUAAAUAUAUUAAAACAAUCAUGAUGCUACUAAUUAACAUCCAAAGGAUGUUAUUAUAUUGUUGGUAAAAUACUAGAUUAAAAAAAACAGCACUUAUUUAAAGUGGAAAGAGGAAAAUAAAUAAUUUUAACAUUCCCUUUAAAACAAACAGCACCUGUAAUUCGACUCGUUGUUUAUAAAACAAAGCAGUGUUAUCUGACGUGUGUACAUUGUAAAACUUGUUUUGCUUAUUUGUUCCCAUUUUUGUUGUUUCAUUUGCGUAUACGCCUUAACGUGCCCUUUUAAUUUCAACAUGUAUGACGUUUCAAGAACUAAAAUAGUCCUCUUUGCUAUAAGGUAUGCCAUAUACAAGUGAAUAAAGUUUGUGUACAAUUGCA